AUGAAUUCAGCAUUUUACACAACGGCAAUUACCACCAUGGAGCAGUUCAUCGACAUCGUUUCCCAGUACUUCCCCAUGCUUGAUGUCCUUCGCAACAUAGAAACGCCACGAAGACUUGCUGCCAACGGCGAAAUGUCGCCUCCAAAAUCGUCACCUGUCAUACAUCUUCUUCGCAACAACCCGGAAUUAUACAGAGGGUUAGAAAAGGCUGCGCUGGCAACGGGUCACGUAGAAGAGGGCCUUCGGCGUCAACUAUACCACGCGCAGCAGUCUAAGGAGUCGAUGAGAUUAGAGCUGGCUAAAAAGCAAUCGGACAUCCGAUCACUCACGCAGCAGAUACAAGCUCUAAAUUUUCAGCCAAACGUUCUCUCUGACGACGAUAUCGCACAAAAUAUGAGACGGCUCCUACAGCGACUUCGAAACUGGUCCAAUACCUACUUUCGCGACUUGGAACAGCUGAACAAACUCAGACAGCAUCUCGAGCACAAUGGAGCAAUGUUUGUACCUCGAGGCCCACAUGAGGUUCGAGCGUUUAUCGCCUCUGUCGUCAGCCAGAUUCUGUUUCAGCGCAUAUUCAGUUUAUACCUACUAGGGUUACCCAAUGAAGAAUCGGGAAGAUUCGUGUCUAUUGCAGAGACACUACGGCAGAACUGCCCCGGGAAUACUGAGCAUCACUGGCGCACGGCCACAAGCAUAGCUGCGGAGAAUCUUGGAGCAAAGCGAUAUAAACAUGGUGGCAUCUCAAGUGGAGAUAAUGCUCUCGCAGAGUGUAUGCAGUUCAAGCGCGAUCUAGAUCGUCAACUGAGCCGCUAUCAUUUCUUUCGCAGUGCCUUGAGAGAUAACUUUGCCCCGGAUUAUAUGCAGCAUGCUAUACCUUUCCAGGAAGUUGCAGGUCGUGUUCAAUGCACGCUGUGGCCCGGCUUGUACAAAGAGUCAACGAGCGGAGCUCUCGUUGUAGUACCAGAGACGGUCCUGGCUACGAAAGAUGCAGAAGAUCAGAGCCCAACCUGUACAGAGGUGUCAAACACUCUGGUUCCGGGUUUGCAGGACGUGUCAGACCACCUAUCGGACAGUGGGGAGAACAUCGAUAAUGAAGGUGUUUCCUGCAGGGAUUUGGCCUUUGACAUUGAACUCGGAGGGGAUACUGUGUGAAUGCAGGCCUCAUUCCAUAAUAAUUGAAAUAGGCUAUAGUCAUUUAUUCUUGAC